GUCAUGUGACUCCCCGGGGACACCAUGGCGGAAGCGGAGGAGCAGGAAACUGAGUCUCUCGAAGAAUCGACAGAUGAGUCUGAGGAAGAAGAAAGUGAAGAGGAGCCCAAACUGAAGUAUGAAAGGCUUUCCAAUGGGGUAACAGAAAUCCUUCAGAAGGAUGCAGCUAGCUGCAUGACAGUCCAUGACAAGUUUUUGGCACUGGGCACCCAUUACGGCAAGGUUUAUUUACUUGAUAUCCAGGGGAACAUCACUCAGAAGUUUGAUGUAAGCCCCGUGAAGAUAAAUCAGAUUAGCCUGGAUGAGAGUGGAGAGCACAUGGGCGUGUGUUCGGAGGAUGGCAAGGUGCAGGUGUUUGGACUGUAUUCUGGAGAAGAAUUUCAUGAGACUUUUGACUGUCCCAUUAAAAUCAUUGCCGUGCACCCACAUUUCGUGAGAUCCAGCUGCAAGCAGUUUGUGACUGGAGGGAAGAAGUUGCUGCUCUUCGAACGAUCUUGGAUGAGCAGAUGGAAGUCUUCUGUUCUGCACGAAGGAGAAGGGAACAUAAGGAGUGUGAAGUGGAGAGGCCACCUGAUUGCUUGGGCCAAUAAUAUGGGUGUGAAGAUUUUUGACAUCACCUCCAAGCAGAGAAUCACCAAUGUGCCCCGGGAUGACAUAAGUCUUCGCCCAGAUAUGUAUCCGUGCAGCCUCUGCUGGAAGGACAGCUUGACGCUGAUUAUUGGCUGGGGGACUUCGGUCAAGAUCUGCUCAGUGAAGGAGCGGCAUGCCAGUGAAAUGAGGGACUUGCCAAGUCGCUAUGUUGAAAUAGUGUCUCAGUUUGAAACUGAAUUCUACAUCAGUGGACUUGCACCUCUCUGUGAUCAACUUGUUGUUCUUUCCUAUGUGAAGGAGGUGUCGGAAAAAACGGAAAGAGAAUACUGUGCCAGGCCAAGACUGGAUAUCAUCCAGCCGCUCUCUGAAACCUGUGAAGAGAUCUCUUCUGAUGCUCUGACCGUGAGAGGCUUUCAGGAGAACGAGUGUAGAGAUUAUCAUUUAGAGUACUCUGAAGGGGAAUCGCUCUUUUACAUCGUGAGUCCAAGAGAUGUUGUAGUGGCCAAGGAACGAGACCAAGAUGACCACAUCGACUGGCUCCUUGAAAAGAAGAAAUAUGAGGAAGCUUUGAUGGCAGCUGAAAUCAGCCAGAAGAAUAUUAAAAGACAUAAGAUUCUAGAUAUUGGCUUGGCGUACAUAAACCACCUGGUGGAGAAAGGAGAGUAUGACAUAGCAGCACGCAAAUGCCAGAAAAUUCUUGGGAAAAAUGCAGCACUCUGGGAAUAUGAAGUUUAUAAAUUUAAAGAAAUUGGACAGCUUAAGGCUAUUAGUCCAUACUUGCCAAGAGGAGAUCCAGUUCUGAAACCACUCAUCUAUGAAAUGAUCUUACAUGAAUUUUUGGAAAGUGAUUAUGAGGGUUUUGCCACUCUGAUCCGAGAAUGGCCUGGAGAUCUGUACAACAAUUCAGUAAUCGUCCAAGCGGUUCGGGAUCACCUGAAGAAAGAUAGUCAGAAUAGGACCUUACUCAAAACCCUGGCAGAACUGUACACCUAUGACAAAAACUAUGGCAAUGCUCUGGAAAUAUACCUAACAUUAAGACACAAGGAUGUUUUCCAGUUGAUCCACAAGCAUAAUCUUUUCAGUUCUAUCAAGGAUAAAAUUGUUUUAUUAAUGGACUUUGAUUCUGAGAAAGCUGUCGACAUGCUUUUGGACAACGAAGACAAAAUUUCAAUUAAAAAGGUAGUGGAAGAACUGGAAGACAGACCGGAGUUGCAGCACGUGUAUCUGCAUAAGCUUUUCAAGAGAGACCAUCAUAAGGGACAGCGCUACCAUGAAAAACAGAUUAGCCUUUAUGCUGAAUAUGAUCGUCCGAACUUACUUCCCUUUCUCCGAGAUAGUACCCAUUGCCCACUGCAAAAGGCUCUUGAGAUCUGUCAACAGAGAAACUUUGUAGAAGAGACAGUGUAUCUUCUGAGCCGAAUGGGUAACAGCCGCAGUGCCCUGAAGAUGAUCAUGGAGGAAUUACAUGAUGUUGAUAAAGCCAUUGAAUUUGCCAAGGAGCAAGACGACGGAGAACUCUGGGAAGAUCUGAUUUUAUAUUCCAUCGACAAACCGCCAUUUAUUACUGGCUUGUUGAACAACAUCGGCACACAUGUGGACCCAAUUCUGUUGAUUCACCGUAUUAAGGAAGGGAUGGAGAUCCCCAAUUUGAGAGAUUCCUUGGUUAAAAUUCUGCAAGACUACAAUUUGCAAAUUCUGCUUCGUGAAGGUUGCAAGAAGAUUCUUGUAGCAGACUCUUUGUCCUUACUGAAGAAAAUGCACCGAACUCAGAUGAAAGGCGUUCUGGUCGAUGAGGAGAACAUCUGUGAAUCGUGCCUUUCCCCUAUUCUUCCAUCAGACGCCGCGAAGCCCUUCAGCGUGGUGGCCUUCCACUGCCGCCACAUGUUCCACAAGGAGUGCCUGCCCGUGCCCAGCAUGAACUCCCCUGCACAGUUCUGCGGCAUCUGCAGCGCCAAACACCGAGGGCCAGGAAGCGCCAUUUUGGAGAUGAAAAAGUAGCCCGGCUCCGUCAUCCUCUUCCUCACCACUCUUCUGAAGACUGUUUUUGCAAAAACAGCAGCAUUUGUGGACCCCAGUGCUGUUACAAGACUUGUAUGUGUUUAUGUUCUGCUCAGAGAAACAUUUCUUCAUCUUUGCCUGUCCCCUAGGUUUGCUCUGUGCGUUUGAUGAAGUGAGGGAAUACUCCAUCCAUGCCUCGAAAUAUUUGGGCUCACGGGCUGUAUUUCAUUAUUUGUUGGGCUCAUUCUUCACUUAGGAAUAGAAAAGUCAGUCUGGAAGUUAGAAAUGAAUUUCUAGAUCCUAGUCAAACUGUCUGGCCAGUGAGCGGCCUGCCGAGGGCGGCCCCUGCUGCCCGAAGGCACCACCCGGGAGCUGCCCCGCCAGCGCUCACCGCAACUUGGCACCUGUUUCCACGGGCUCUGCUGCUGUCAGUCCUCACGUUCCGGGUUUGGCUUUUUGUUGUUGUUGUUGAUGUCAUCAACUGUGAUUGUCUUCUUAAUAGGCAUUUAAUGAAACAUUGUGUAAAUUGUUACUUAUUCAAGGACAUCUGGGAAUAACAUGAGCAGGCCACGUCAUGCUGUUGUAUGGUGACUGAUCACAUGGUCCGUGUGUCUGUCGAUCGAAUAAAUGUUAGCUCUCCCCAUUAGGAAAGACUCCCUUUUAGUGGGUUGAACAGCUUCAUCCUAGGAUUCUGGCGCGCUGAGAGUGGAGGAGAGUUUCCACACCUUAGAGUGUGCGGGGUCGUAGUUAGCUUUCGCCAUCAGGGAGGAAGAGAGGGACGCUGCGGAGUCCGAGAGGGAUUCUCGGGAGAAAUGAGACUGUCUGCUGAUGGAGGGUGGGCAUGACAAGUUUCCUGGAGCCUUCUCCAGAGCCUCAUUGGCCCUUGUGGAACCUAGAGAACAUAGAAUGCAAGGAGAGAAUUCAAACUUGGAAUGUUUUACAGUUAUUGGCUUCAUCUGUCUUGGGAUAGGUUGCCAUCCUCUUGCUGUGGAUGCAACUGUAUGGAAAACACUGUCACCCAUCUUAGUCCCACAAAUGCGAAUAAAUGCAACUUUCUGCUUUGUCGUGGGGAGAGGGUGGGAUGCUAAUGAGUCCUGAACACAAACUGACUAGUGAACCUGGCAUCUCCUCUCAAGCUCCCUAUGCCUGCGGAACAACAUACCGUGUCCCUUGGUUUCCUGACAAAGUGACUGAAUUGUGGAGAUGCUGUCACAGUCACGGGUGAAGGUGAGCUUCAGAGCAGGGCUCCUUUCAAGAAACCGAGGUUGGGGGUAUUCAGAGGAAAUUCACAGCACAUCUCUGCAGUAGAGUCUAAAAGAAUGUUCUCUAGCAGACAACGGGCUUUUCCCAUUAGUCUUAAAUUAUCCCAAAGUGGAAAGUUCUCAGCCCCCUCAGCAUCAUAUCCUCUUAUUCCAAGGCUAGUGCUCUUUCUGUUCUGUUUCCCUUUUGUUCUAACCAGAGAAAUCCUUCACAAAAAAGCCUCACAAGUGAGCCCACCUUGAAACACUGGUAAGAAGCAAAACCACUGCACUUAGGUUGGAGGGGAGGCGGUGGUUGCAAAGGCACAUUCAUCUCCCCUCCUUACAGAAAGCCAUUCUGAAACAGCCAAGUUCAAAGUUACUCUGUGAUAGCAGUUUUCCUUUGCUUUUAGCCCCAAGGGUUUUAUACUAGUUUAAGAACGAGAAGGUCUUAACAAAUUUUUAAUUUGGUUGUCAUCGUGUUAAACUAUAUAUUUCACAUCCUAAAAACAAACAUUUGAGCAGUUACUGUGUGUCGGGUGCCAUUAGAAGCACCUGAUGGGAGCCCGCACCCUCAUCAUCUUACAGGUAAGGAAGCUGGAGCACCUCGGGGCCAAGCCAUCCGUGUGAGGUCAGGGAGCAGGCCUUUAGCGUCUGUGAUCUUAACCGCUGUGUAUUUGAUUCUUUGGGGUUUUUUAAUGUAUUUGACCUGUUGUGGUCAGUGCACAGAAAACAAAACCCACUGUCAUCACAGAAGGGGAUUUAUUAUAAAGUAGCCAAUGGCUUACAGAGUCACCAAGAGGACUGAGGAAGCAGACAAUAGGGAGAGCUUCCAGGAGCACCUGACAAAGCCGACCCGGAACCGGGCUGCCCAGGGCACCCCCAGCCCACCUCCACCAGAGUUCGAGCUGCACAGAGCGUGCAGCCUGCUUUUAAGUAAACUGUAAAUAAAAAUACAGACGUUCCUCGGUUUCUUUUAAAGUUCACCCAGUAACACCAAAUAAGGAAUGUGAUGUGUGUACACGCAUGUGUAGUAGACAUUUCUCUGGGCUAAGCAUCACCAGCUUUUUCUGGCUUCUCUGACCAAGACUCAGGCUCAGAAAACUCCACCAACUUGGAUACGAAACCAUCACUUGGGCUUCCCAGACACCUAUCCCGGACUCAUAGCUGAUCGUCACUGUGUGAAAUCUGCAGCUCAGGUUGGGGCGGUCUGAAUCUGCGCAAUGUUCGUAGCACUGAGCUGAGUUGUUCUGCAUCCCAAAGGGAGGGGAACCGAGCGAGGAGGAUUUUAGGGAAUGCAAGCAACUGGGAUAACCAAAGGGUUUUUAAGAAAAGACGAGUAUUCACGCCUGUAUGUCACCUUGAUGCUGGACCCUUCUACCUACCCCAAGGGUUCAGUAGAGUCUGGCGUCCAAACUGUCAUCUGUGAGUGGGUUCUAUGGGAAACUGAGGAGCUGUGCUCUACAUCUGGGACCCUGAAGAGCAGGGAAACAAAACAGUGGCAGGAGGCAAGAGCUGGAGUUGACUGGGAGCAGGAGCAAAGACCUGCGUUUGACAAUAAGAGCAUGAAAACCCCAGAUAUCCUGGCAUGUUGGGAGAAGGCUGGUCUUCCUAAAGGGAAAUGGAUAAAGGCCUUGAGCCAAUUUUAUCUAAAUGUCAAAGGACUGGCUCAAUGACUUCAGUUACCAUUGCGUCACAAUGUUCAUGCCCUCAUUGAUGACAUCUGCCUAUGGAGUUUAAACUUAAGCUUCAGUUAAAAAAAAAAAAAAAAGAUUUAUUAGAUGGGGCG